AUGGACGGGGAAGAUAUCGAUCUGUAUGAACUCCUCGGAGUGGAAAAGUCGGCCAAUCCAAAUGAGAUCAAGAAGGCAUAUCGCAAGUUGGCGCUGCAACACCACCCCGACAAGGUGCCCGAGGAGAUGCGAGCCGAGUCCGAGGCCAAAUUCAAGGCGGUGACACAAGCCUACGAGAUCCUUCGCGACGAGGAGAAGCGCCAGCUCUACGAUGCGCACGGCAUGGCAGCCUUCGACCCCUCCAGAGGCGGCCCCGGAGGGCCGGGCGGCGUGGAUCUCAAUGAUAUGCUUGCACAUAUGUUCGGUAUGAACAUGGGCGGCGUGCCCGGUAUGGGCGGCAUGCCUGGGCGGCCCCGGCGCAGCCCCGACGAGGAGCAGCAAUACAAGGUAACGCUCGAAGAACUCUACAAGGGGAAGACGGUCAAGUUCGCCGCCGAGAAGAAGGUCAUCUGCGGCCAGUGCAACGGCAGCGGCGCGAAGGAUAAGGUCAAGCCCAACAAGUGCGACCGCUGCAGAGGUGCGGGUCUUCAGGAGGCCUACCGCCAGAUCGGCCCCGGGCUGGUGCGCAAGGAGGUCAUCUCUUGCGACCACUGCCAGGGCUCGGGCAUGUACUACAAGGAGAAGGACCGCUGCAAGAAGUGCAAGGGCAAGCGUACCGUCACCGAGAGCAAGGCGCUCGAGCUGUACAUUCCCCGCGGCUCCAUGCAGGGCGAGAGGAUCACGCUGGAGGGCGAGGCAGACCAGAUGCCUGACCAAACCCCCGGUGAUCUCAUCUUUGUCCUGGUCGAGGAACCCCACGAUGUCUUCCACCGCAUCGGCCACGAUCUCUCGGCCGACGUGACCAUCUCCCUCUCCGAGGCCCUGGGUGGCUUCUCGCGCGUCGUCCUCAAACACCUCGACGGGAGAGGCAUCCACAUUAACCACCCCCGAGGCAAGAUUGUCCGCCCAGGUGACGUGUUAAAGGUACACGGCGAGGGUAUGCCCAUGAAGCGGGGCGAUACCAAGGGCGACUUGUAUCUUGUCAUCAAGAUCGAGUUCCCUGACAACGGCUGGCUGGAGAAGGAUGGAGAUUACGCGUCUCUGCAAAAACUUCUGCCUCCUCCACCACCGCCCAUUGCCGCCGAAGAGGUCGACGAUGUGGAGUACGAGGAGGGUGCCGAUAUUGAUGAGAUGGGCGCCCACCAAGGCGAUCCGAGAUACGGUAACGAGUGGGAGGACGACGAGGAGGAAGAAGGCGAGGGCCCUCAGUGUGCCACACAGAUGGUUUCCGCAAAGAAGCAUGUGCCUAUCGUGAAGAAGCGCACGAAGCGCUUUAUGCGCCACCAGAGCGAUCGCUUCAAGUGCCUGGACGCAUCAUGGCGCAAGCCCAAGGGUAUCGACAACAGGGUCCGGAGACGCUUCAAGGGAACCCUGGCUAUGCCCUCGAUCGGUUAUGGCUCUAACAAGAAGACCCGCCACAUGAUGCCCUCCGGCCACAAGGCCUUUGUCGUCAGCAACGUUCGGGACGUCGACCUCCUGUUGAUGCACAACAAGACCUUUGCCGCAGAGAUUGCCCACAACGUUUCGUCCAGAAAGCGGAUCGACAUCAUCGCCAGAGCGAAGCAAUUAAGCGUCAAGGUUACCAACCCCAAGGCGAAGGUCACCACGGAGGUCUAA